CCUCUUCCCCCCUCUCUUCCUCUUCUUCUCACACUCUCUCAAGGACAUGCGUCCCCGUCAAAGCCUGCCGCCGUAACUCCAGGCAACAAGGGACUAUUUUGAUUCCUUGUGUCUCAACCAAGGGGUUUGCCACUUUUACACCUCAAUAAAAUGUCGGCCCAAGCGCCGCGGCGUCUUCCCUGAAAGCAUCUUCGUUCGACUUUCUUUUUCUUCAUACUGUAUAGAUGCCAGCGGCCAACUCCAGCUCCUAAUCCACAACUACUUGGCCCCAUCGAGGCUCGGUACCAGCAUCAAGCCGACUUGCAUGCUCAUUCCCUUUAGUUCCAUGGUCCAUGGGCCCUCUCCAAGCACCUAUAACUACCGUUGAUGUCCCGGGGUGUUGUCAGGCUGCCUUCUGACGAAUCCUCCUUGUCUGCCUCUUUUGUCCGCCUCACCCUCAUUGACCACCCACACCAACCGGUGACCGGCCUCGCCCUCAGUGGUUGCACCAUUUCCAGAUCACAACCUGCUGACUUGGAUGCCAUAUAUCUGGGCUUCGCCUUGCCUCACCAAUCUUCACAGUGACUCAUUUCCUUCAUUUCAACUCCACACUUGCCUGUCGUGUGCUGGUUGACUGGGUUGAGCCAAAGCUUCAGCUUCUGUUGCUGUGCACUUCAAAUUACUCCCCUUUCCUCCAGCUCACUGGCUUCAAUAUCGACCUCACCUCCAUUCCCAUAGCCUGGUCAGCUCGAGGCGAGACAACUCUCCAACACUCUCAACAUGUCCUCCAAUACAGACAACCAGAUGACGAGGUUUCUCUUCGCCAUCUUGAAACAGAAGAACCUCAAGGAUAUUGACUGGAAUGCCGUCGCUCAUGAUCCAAUACUAUCACAACCCAUCACCAACGGCCAUGCUGCUCGCAUGAGAUACUCCCGUUUCCGUUCGGCAAUGCUGGGCCUCGAGCCUCAAAAACGCAACAGAGCCACCGCAAACAAGAACAGGGUUACGAAGAACAAAAAGGAGCAAAAGCCACCGAAAAAGGAAGAAGAGGAAGAAGACGAGAAGAGGGUCAAGCCGGAACCAGGGACUCUGGAGGCUCUCCAACAAGCCGAGGCUCGUGCCAGGUCUCCUGUCAAGGUCAAGCAUGAGCAUAGCCAGCCUGCCUACCGACAGCAGUUCACACCGACAUCCAUGGCGUCUCCCACCGCCACGGAAUGCCAGCAGACCUUCCAGCCGAGGAUGCUCACACCGUGUAGCGACGACAUGUUCUCGGCGCCUCACAACCUGCAGUUUAGCCCGUCAGCAAGCCUCGUGGGCGCUCACCCAACCUUCGACCUCUCAUCAGCCAUGGCCUGCGCACACGAGCCGGAACAGCACCACCACGAGCACGACCACAACUCAUGGGCACCGAGUCCAAUCUACUCGGCCUUUGACGCAGCCUACGAUAUCGACGGCUUCGGCGUCGGCUCCUUGUGCGAUCACCAGGCCGGUCAGGGGCAUACCGACGACAUGCACGGAUCUCCCGCGCUGGGGUCUCUCAUGCCUGAGCACAUGAACAUCAAGAACGAGCACUGGGACACCCAUUUCCACCCAUAAUAUUUCCGAACCCGAAAAACAGUUCGAGCGAAUACUGGUGUGUGUUGGAAUGGUAUUGAGGGAGAGGUCAUCUUAUACGUUUUGGGUCCGGGUUUGGAAAAAAGAAAAUACCUCGGGCUUUUUUCUUCACUGUCGUUGGCCUUUUUCUGUUCUCCCUCUCUUGUCUCAUGUCUCUUGUCUCUUUUGUGCUGGUCACUCCUCUACUCACAUCGAUUUGGACUACCAGAUGUACUAAUGAAUUUACGCAACACCCUGCAAUGGCGUACUGGUCUGGCCUAGAAUGUAUGCUUCCCGGAAGAAAGCAGGGGGGCCUUUAGAAUUUUAAACACAUACAAUGACGAUUUCUAUGACGAGUUUCUGCUUCUUGAUUUUCGCAUGCUCUUGUUUCAAUAAGGCGGCUUCGAGAGUGUCCCAUCCAUCACCUUCUUACUCACCCCAGGACUUAAUUCCCGACAAUACCUUCUCCCUUAAAGGAUAGCAAACCGUGGCACUUCGACAUCAGUAUUGAUUCUCUACCACCAUUUCAUACCUGGUUCCCAUGUUCUCACAUGUCCUCCUCCGCCUUAGCCUUAUUCCAUCCAGCCCUUUCACCAUCAGCCCUAGGCCAUCCAGCACCCUAAGCCUUCAUUCUACUUGAUUUCUUACGUAC